AUCUGGCCAAACGUUAAUAUGUGGAUAGGUAGCAACAUUGCGUCCCUGACACCUUGCGAUCCCAGCGAUCCGCUACCUACUAAGACCUCCUAACAGUCGAACUCUAACUUCCAACUUCCCAACCUUAAGUUUACAUGUGUCAACUUCCUUAGGUGAUUUCAUCAUUAUCAUCAUCAUCUUUGUACUUGUACCCUAUCGGCAAAUAUGGACAUAUAGUGUUUGUUGCAAGCAAUUAACACUAGGUACCUACUGUCGAUAUCGAAACUCGAUCCGAGUAAUCCCGUCUGCCUUGUCCCUCCAACUAGCGUAGAGCUUCACAACGUGCACCGAUGACCCGUUAGACCAACGAACCUUCAACAACACGGAAAUUUAAAAAGAGAAACCUCAGACCGCGCCUCACCGCACGUCCCGUCAAAAUGCCACCCGAUCCUCUCUCCGAGGCCCGAGUGCCAAUGCUAUCGACCUCACUCUCACCCACGCCGUCUCCCCUGCCGUCCCCAUCCCCCUCACCACGCCCUCACUCCCCCCGAACAGACGCCCCCGUGCCCCCAUGGGUCCGUCAAAGCCCCCAGCGUCCAACCUCCGGAACCUCCAACCACCGCCGUCUCUCAACCCCGUACUCCCGCUCCGCCGCCGCCGCCGACGACUCCCACGCGCCGCUAGGCCAGCGUGUAAUGCGCACAGGCCUCUCCAUCGCCAACAAGAUGCUCAAGCUCUUCUACACGCUCACCCCGCUGCAGCGCGUCCUCGCCGUGCUAGCCCUACUCGCCGUAAACGUCCUCCUGAUCCUCGGCAUGGUGUACUCCCACCGCAUCUUCAAGGCCCUGGGGCCCGUCGCCCAGAGCUGGCGCGCGUUGCCGGGCGGCUGGGUCAUUGUUUUCCUGAUGACGUGUCUGAGCGCUUUCCCGCCUAUGAUCGGGUACAGCACCUGUGUCACCAUCGCGGGCUUCGUGUACGGAUUCCCCGGGGGCUGGCCGAUUGUCGCGGGGGCGACGGUGGUGGGUUCGCUGGCUGCGUUUGUGACGAGUCGGACUGUGUUCUCGGGAUACGUGCACUCGCUGGUCGGCGCGGAUAAGCGGUUCGUGGCGCUGGGACAGGUGCUGCGACGGGAUGGGCUGCUGGUACUUGCUGCUAUACGCUUCUGUCCCCUGCCGUUUAGUCUUAGUAAUGGCUUCCUCGCUACUAUUUCCACUAUCUCGCCGCUGCGCUUUGCGCUUGCUACUGCGAUGGCGACCCCGAAGUUGUGCGUUCAUGUGUUUAUUGGGAGUCGGCUAGCGUUGCUUGCUGAGAGUGGUGAUGAGAUGAGCGUGGGGGAUAAGGUGGUGAAUUACCUGAGCAUGCUGGUUGGUUCCGUUGUCGGCAUUGCGCUUAGCUUAUUUAUAUACCGCCGCACGAUGGCGCGGGCGAAAGAACUUGCGCGUGAGGAGGGUAUUGAGAGCGGUGUUCCUAUCGACGGCGACGUCGAUUUAAGCUACGAGGACCUAGAGGAGGGUGUGCUAGGCGGAAGACAGCAGCGGCCCGGCGAAGCGGAUGAGGCGGCGCUGAUGGACGACGACGACAUCUCGUUAUGGGAGACGGAGGGUCUCGAGUCUGGGUACCGAGACGAGGAUACCGACGGUAUCGAGAACGGGAACGGAAAGCAGAAACAUUGAGAGCCGAAGAUUGGGGAAAGGAAGGGUGCGUAGAUAAAAUCAUUGUAAUCUGGAAGUUCUCGACGGGUUUCGUGUACGGAGUAGUAGGGCAAACGGUAUGUAUGUUUGGCGUUUUGGCGAGGUAAAGAGAGCAUAAGACACGGCCAGCUCACAAUUUCUUGCAUUUCUGGAACGGGGAUUUGGUUGGUUUUGGUAUUGGGAUGUGGAAUCGGAGUGUACGGACAUACAAGAUCACAUCAUAGUUAGACAGGACGGUACAGCUAGGCCGGGGGAAGGGUUGAUUUAAAACA